CUUCGGACUGUGAACGCUCUUGACCGCAGCCACAACGAGGUCAAUUGUGAGCUCUGCUCACCGGGUAUACUGACUCCAGUAACAAUGUCAACCUCAGGAAAAGGUGUGAAGGGCAAACGGGGCCCAACGGUGUUGAUGACGGAUAGUCGAGACGCUCGCCCCGGCGCCCGCCCAUCAAUACCUCGCCCCAACGCCAAAUUAAUCUCCGUAGACAACAUCCUCCAAUACGCCUCGGACAUCCCCUCCCAGCAGCGCCGCGGACCCCCAGGUGCCCGCCCCUCGAACCACACCCGCACACCCAGCGGGCGGCAUCCGCUCGAGCCCAAGCUGUCCGGUCGUCUGGCACCACAGUAUAUACCGACGCGGACGAGCAAGUUGAGCGAGAAGUUAGUCCUGCUUCCGGAAACGGAGGGCGGCGUGGAAGAUGAGAAGGGCGAGUUUGACGAAGAGGAGGAGCGGGGCCCACCUAAAGACGAGGAACUCGCUAGGCGCACGGCGAAAGGCGGGUUGAAAGAUAAGAGCUACGCGGAGCGGUUGCCCAAGCCGCAGCGAGCGGAGAAGCUGUCGCGCGUGACGGCGUACUGCACGGCGCAGGCGUACAAGAUGAAGAGUACGGCCGAGUUUGUCAAGACGCAGCAUGGGGCGCGGACGAAGCUGUAUGAUGAUUGUUUGUAUACGGCGUACCAUUUACCGCUUUUGCCGGGCAUGGAUGGGUAUAGGGUGCGGAGUAGUCCUGCGCUGAAGAGUCCGGGGGGAAAGACGAUGCUGGAUGAGGAGAUUGAGAGGAAUGAGUUGAUUGAGUAUCAUGAGGGGUAUUUUGAGGAUGAGGGAGAGUACGGCGUUAGAGGUCAGGACGAAGAGUCUCCUCUUGGGAGCCCGAACGAUAGACGAAAAGGAGGGCAGCAGUCACGAAUGGAUUCUUCGGAGCUGGCGCAUCCGGCGCCUAGGAUUGCGCCUAAUGCGCUGAGCUUUGGAGAGAUGUUUGUGUUCUCGUACGGGGUGGUUGUGUUUUGGAAUUUCACGGAGAGGCAGGAGAAGGAUAUCCUUGCGGAUUUGACGUUUUCGACGUCGGCGACGGGAGUCAGUCUUGCGACCAGGCCGCUCAACGAAGCGGAUUUUGAGACGGAGGAAUUCCAUUUCGAGUACAAUGCGGAGAUUCCGCGGCCGAGGGUGUACAACGAUAUGAUUACUUUGAAGAGCGGGGAUCAUAUGAUUAAGCUUGCGAUGAGCCAUGCGAUUGCUCAGAGCACCAAGUUGAGUCUGUUCGAAGAGAGGAUGAAUCGCACCAUGGCUCGAGCGAAGUAUAUCCCGACGAGGUUGGCGUUGACGGGGAAGUUGGGCAUGGGGAGGAGUGAGGUGGUCAGGAUGGUGGGGCAGUUGUAUACGAGUAGGGUGGAGGUGAAUCUCUCGUCCAACAUGCUCGACACUCCCAACUUCUUCUGGGAUGCAGAACCCACCCUCCACCCGCUUUACACGGCUAUCCGUGAGUACCUCGAAAUCCAGCCGCGUAUCCAGGUCCUCAACGAGCGGUGCAAAGUGUUCCUCGACCUCGGCGAGAUCCUGAGCGACUCCAUUGCAGACAAGAAAAUGACGAGGAUUACCUGGAUCAUCAUCAUCCUGAUUAUGUUUUCGUUGUUGGUGACGUGUUUGGAGGUGUUGCUCCGGUUCGCGAUUCUUCAUGGGAAGGGGAAGGUGCUUGGGGGUGGGGCGGGAGUGGUGGCGAUUCCUGGACCUGGGUUGUUGGUUGCGAGGGCAGUGGUUGGGGGUGUGAGGGCUUUGGGGAGGGUCGUGGGGAGGUGAGAGGUGAUGGAGUGGGCGGAGGGGAUGAAUGGACGUGGAGAAUGGGAAGGGUUCGGGAAUACAUUCACAUGGCAGGGGUCUUUGGGCUUGCAUAGCGUGGCGUUUGGGGGGGAAUGUUCAGGAAUUCUUCUGCUGAAGUAUCAUUGUCUCGGGAGCGCUGGUGGGGUGGCAUUAUCUCUAUUCAAGGGGACUAUGGACGGUCCCCAGGGGUGCUAAUCCUCCGGUCUAACAUUCUUCGUAUCAGUGGACACCUUUCAUUCUUCCUUAGUUCCUACAGUAGGAGCUGUGCAUUCGACAUUGAUGGAUCAAGCCAACGAGCGUG